CGUCGAUUGAUCCUCCCCUUCCAUCCUUUCGCCAUCGAUCCCGUCGUCGUAGCCAUUGAUACCCCUCUACGCGAAUCUACGACUGACUUGGUACGGCGGAAGCCAUCAUGCCGUCGUCAUCAGCCGCCUCGGGCAGCGGGAGCAGCUCAAAGGGAUCAAAGGCUUUGUCGUCGGUGGAGAAGAAGGUCCACAAUGCUGUCCUCAAGGCCAAGGAGAGCACCCUCGCUCAGGAUGAGCUGCUGCAACGCUUCGAAGAUAUCAAUACGCACGAGAUGCUCGAGAUUAUCAAUUCGCUCAUGAAGAAGUCCCUCUUCAGACUGCAGAUGGACAGGGACAAGAAGGUCUUCUACGUUGCGAGCAGCACAGCACAGGCUAGCAUGAUGGGUGGUCUUGAGCCGGACGAGCGCCUCAUCUACAAUCAGAUUCGCGAUGCAAGCACAGAAGGCAUCUGGACGAAACUUCUCAAGUCUAAGACCAAUCUACACCAAGCCGUGCUGACCCGCGCCGUCAAAUCUCUUGAGAGCCGCGACCUCAUCAAGACAGUCAAAUCAGUCAAGAAUCCCACACGCAAGAUUUACAUGCUCCGCGAGCUCGAACCCUCCAUCGAGCUCUCUGGCGGAGCAUGGUACACGGACAAUGAGCUCGACACAGGGCUGAUCCAUGCGCUAGGCAAAUGGUGUCUGCAUUACAUUCAGCAGGAGACUUGGGCUGUUAAGCCGAAUGGGGCCAGAGGGGAGCGCAAGCUGUAUCCAUCGGCUUAUGCAAGGCAUCUGCCUACGGCUGGCAGGAUCCUGGAGCAGAUCAAGGCAAGCGCAAUCACUUCGGCCACACUCGCCGUGCGCGAUAUUCAGGAUCUGCUCGAGACGUUGGUGUAUGAUGAGAAGAUUGAGAAGAUUCCGAUGAUGGAUGGAGCGUAUGCGCUAGCCUCCGCUGAUGGAGGGGCAGGACACGCCACGAGCAGCAAGGUGAAUGGAGGCGGCAAGGGCAAGGUGGCCAAGAGGGAGACUGACGACGACGAAGACAGCGACGACGAAUCAGAGGACGACAGAAGCAAGCGCAAGAAGAAGUCAUCGAGCAGCAGUAGUAGCAAGAAGCGCUCCUCGUCGUCAAAGAAGGACACAAAGAAGAGGCGUCGCCGCAAAGACGACUCCGACGAGAGCGACAGCGAGUCUGACACGGCAGAAUCUUCGGAUGAAAGCGACUCGGAGUCGUCUGCGAGCGAGGAUAGCGACGAUGAGUCCGAGGCAGAGUUUACGGAUGGGGACAGCGACACGAGUGAGAGCAGUGAUGGUGGAUCGCGCAAGCGCAAGCGCAAGGGAGGCUCCAAGAAGUCGAGUAAGAAGAGGAGGAAAGGGUCCAGUAAGAGCAGCAGCAAGAAGAAGAAGAAGUCAUCGAAGCGUGGUGGCAGCAGCAGCAGCAGCAGCAAGAAGAAAAGGGACAAGAAGAAGGAAAAGAAAGGCCGAAAGUCUCGCUCACGCUCUCGCCGCGACGAUAGCGACUCGGUCUCUAGCGACCCUGAAUCAAGCUCAGACUCGGAGGAAGAGACGUCCAGUAGCGACGACGGGCGCUCCCGCAAGUCCAACUCACGAAAAGCCAAGUCACGCGUGCUCACCCCCUCACCGAAACCCGAGGAUGACGCGGUCGACUUCGACUACGUCGCUGCCUCUGGUCCUCUGGUCAACCGCGACGACUUCUGGGUCUAUCGAGCUCUUGCACAGGACACGGGCAUGCAGCAAGGCUUCUUUGAGGCGCCUUGUGCCAGAUGCCCGGUUUUUGACUUCUGUAGGCCUGGAGGGCCGGUCAACGCGAGCUGUGUGUACUACGAUCACUGGCUGGAGGCGGCAAUUGAUGAAGAAGGGGAGGAGGAAGCAGACGGGGAAGAGGGAGAUGAUGAUGGAGGGGAUGAUGAUGGAGAAGGGGACGGAGAGGUCGGGGAGUAGCUCCUCAGGGCGGCGCCAUGGCUGAGAAAGAAGACGACUGCUAAGCCUUGAGCUUUGUCUUUUAUGUACCAACAAAUUCAUCACGACAUGAUAGACCAUUG